AUGGGAAACUGCCAGGCAUCGGAGGUGGCGACCGUGGUGAUCCAACACCCUGGGGGGAGGGUGGAGAGGCUGUACUGGCCGACGAGUGCUGCCGAUGUCAUGAAGACCAACCCAGGCUACCAUGUUGCCCUUGUCAGCCUCUACGUCUCCGAGGAGAAGCAGGAUGGCAGCAGCGUCCGGUUUACCCGCGUAAAGCUGCUCAAGCCCAAGGAUAUGCUCUUGCUCGGCCAAGUCUACCGGCUGAUCACCUCCCAGGAAGUUACAAAGGCUCUGAGGCAAAGGAAAUAUGAGAAGAUAAGGAAGAGCCAGGCUGAACUGAUUAGAAAACAGCAACAAGAGCAUAGAACAAAAGAUCAGGAUGGUGAGGCAAACCUGGAGGAUUCAAGAAGUAGACAUCAGGCAACAAAGCAGGGGAGUGAUAGACAAAAAAGCAGCAUACAGAUGGCAGUGAGAGGCAGGCAAUGGCGUCCUUCGCUUCAGAGCAUCUCAGAGAUGGGAAGCUAAUUGUGCAAUUCUCUUACCCUGUUGUCACAACAAAAAGACAAGUCAUCUCAGGCAUGAGAUGAGGUUCAUGUGGUUAGUGUGAUAUUGGUUAUGGAUGCAAAUCAUGAAAAUUGAGGGUACUACCAUAAGGAAAAACUUAAAAGAGUCUCCUUGUAGAGGAAGUAUACAUUUGAAUAACAGUCCAUCGUGUAAUCAACAAGAGUCAGAAACAAAGAUACAUAUCAUCAUGAUCUAGAGCUUAUGGAACAAGAAAUUGCAAAGUUAAUGACACUAGCUUUCCUUGCUGAUUCA